GUGGAUGCUCCCGGCUGGAGAGAAAGGAAAGCCUGGUGGCGGGAAGUUUUUAUUGGAGAGCGGCUGAAACAGAAAGAAAUUUGGAUCUCCAAUUCAAUUUUAGAAUGGCAUCCGUUUCAGCUCUAACUGAGGAAUUGGAUUCUGUAACCAGUGAACUACAUGCAGUAGAGGUUCAACUUCAAGAACUUCUGGAAAGGCAACAAGAGCUUAUUCAGAAAAAAAACAUCCUAACAAACAGAAUAAAGCAGAGUUUAGAGGAUUGUGGUGCUGGGGAAAGCAACGAAUGUGAUUCUUCACCUGCUGCUUGGAAUAGAGAAGAUUUUCCAUGGUCUGGUAAAGUUAAAGACGUUCUGCAAAAUGUCUUUAAACUGCGGGCGUUCAGACUGCUUCAGCUUGAAACUAUUAAUGUAACAAUGUCUGGAAAGGAGGUAUUUCUUGUUAUGCCUACAGGAGGUGGAAAGAGUUUAUGCUACCAGUUACCAGCUUUAUGUUCAGAUGGUUUUACCCUUGUGAUUUGCCCAUUGAUCUCUCUUAUGGAAGACCAAUUAAUGGUUUUAGAACAAUUAGGAAUUUCAGCUACCAUGUUAAAUGCUUCUAGUUCUAAGGAGCAUGUGAAAUGGGUUCAUGCUGAAAUGGUAAAUAAAAAUUCCAAGCUCAAGCUAAUUUACGUGACUCCAGAGAAAAUUUCAAAAAGCAGAAUGUUUAUGUCAAGACUAGAGAAAGCCUAUGAAGCAGGGAGAUUUACCCGAAUUGCUGUGGAUGAAGUUCACUGCUGUAGUCACUGGGGACAUGAUUUCAGACCUGAUUAUAAGGCACUCGGUGUCUUAAAGCGGCAGUUCCCUAACACAUCACUAAUUGGGCUGACUGCAACUGCCACGAGUCAUGUUUUGAAGGACGCUCAGGAAAUUCUGUGUGUUGAGAAGUGUCUCACUUUUACAGCUUCUUUUAAUCGGCCAAAUCUUUAUUAUGAGGUUCGACAGAAGCCCUCCAACACUGAAGAUUUUAUUGAGGAUGUUGUAAAGCUCAUUCAUGGGAGAUACAAAGGGCAAUCAGGAAUCAUAUAUUGCUUUUCUCAGAAAGACUCUGAGCAAGUUACGGUUAGUUUACAGAAAUUGGGAAUUCACGCAGGUGCAUACCAUGCCAAUAUGGAACCAGAAGAUAAGACCAAGGUUCAUAGAAGAUGGUCGGCCAAUGAAAUUCAGGUAGUAGUGGCGACAGUUGCUUUCGGUAUGGGAAUUGAUAAGCCAGAUGUGAGGUUUGUUAUUCAUCAUUCAAUGAGUAAAUCUAUGGAAAAUUAUUACCAAGAGAGUGGACGUGCAGGUCGAGAUGACAUGAAAGCAGACUGCAUUUUGUAUUAUGGCUUUGGAGAUAUAUUCAGAAUAAGUUCAAUGGUGGUGAUGGAAAAUGUGGGACAACAGAAGCUUUAUGAGAUGGUGUCAUACUGUCAAAACAUGAGCAAAUGUCGCCGUGUAUUGAUAGCUCAACAUUUUGAUGAAGUAUGGAACUCAGAAGCAUGUAACAAAAUGUGUGAUAACUGCUGUAAAGAAAUUUCAUUUGAAAGAAAGGAUGUAACAGCAUACUGCCGAGACCUAAUCAAGAUUCUGAAGCAGGCAGAGAACCUUAAUGAAAAGCUCACUCCACUGAAACUGAUUGAUUCUUGGAUGGGAAAGGGGGCAGCUAAAUUCAGGGUAGCAGGUGUUGUUCCUCCCACACUUCCUCGAGAAGACCUGGAGAAAAUGAUCGCGCACUUCCUUCUACAGCAGUAUCUUAAAGAAGACUACAGUUUCACAGCUUUUGCUACCAUUUCAUAUUUGAAAACAGGACCUAAAGCUGAUCUUCUGAACAAUGAGGCACAUGUUAUUAGCAUGCGAGUAAAGAAGCCCACACAGAGCUGUUUCAGGACUGAACCACCUCAAACUUGUCAUCCUGAAGGAGCUGAUAGAAAGAGGGAAGGAAAAAAUUCAGGUAACUUCCAGAAGAAGUCUGCAAACAUGCCUCAGCAAUCUGAGGCUAAGAACACAGGGGCUAAGAAAAGAAAAAUUGAUGAUGCAUGAGUGUAUCUAAAUUUUCCAAGAACAGAACAGUUUAUGCAUGUUUACACCAUUAUUUUUGUAGUUAAUCAAAGUUUAAUUUUUAAGACAAUUUCAUUAAUGUUUUAUACAAAUGGAGCUAUAUUUUAAGAACUUAUCUCUAAAGAAUUGAGGACUUGAGAAUUUGAGAUCUUUUGAAAAUUUGAGAGCAUGAAUUGUAUAAAUUUACAGUAUGAAACAAGGGAAAAUAAGUCUUUUUUUAUGUAAACUCCUUAAAAGAGUAAGUUCACAUAACUGUCUUAGGCUCUUUAUGCCGUGAUAUACCUAGCUAUAUUUUUUCUUUUCACAUAACUCUCUUUUGAUGGCAGUGUUAUUGUACUGAAAAGUUCACAGGCUCAUGACAGAAAGUGAAUGAUUUCAGGUUAAAAUAAUAGCUGUAGAAUUCAAACAAAAAAGGAAUAGGGUAUCAAUACAAAUAAUAUUAGCAAAGAAGAUAUUGCUGCAUCUCUAAGUAAAAUAAAAUUACAAGCUUCUUGACAUUUUCCAAUCAAAGAAUGGCUCUGGUCUACUAACCAAGACCAAGUUGUGGGCUGAGCAGAUAACAGCCUAGCUAAAUGUGCUCCAAAGCUAAAAUCACAAAUGAAUGUGUGUACGUUUAAAACACAGAAAUGAAUAACUUGAGAAUUCUUACAUAAUUGGUCAAUUUUGUGUUAGGAAAAAAAUCUGUAAAUAAGUUAUUUGAAUUGAUUUUAUCUUUAGAAUUUAUUUUUUAAUAUUUUUCCACUGAAAUCAUUAUCACUUCUGUACUUUUAACUUCAAUGUGGUCAUCAUUAAAUCAGUGCAAUCAUUUACUUUA